AAAUUCUUUGCUGAUGUGCCUGCAGGUUGCAAAGCACUACUGUGAAUCUAGAUGGUGAAACCAAGGAUGUGGUGACAGGCUUCAAAAUAAUGGGUAAUGAUGUUAGGCCUGGCAGUGCCAAGUCAUAUGAUUAUUUGCUGAAGUUCCUCCUUGUUGGAGAUAGUGAUGUUGGCAAGUCAGAGAUUAUGAAUGGUCUAGAAGAAGGAAAUACUGAUUCCCCAUUUUCCAGUGGUGCAGUGGCAUGCAAGACCACUACAAUCCUCCUUGAUGGGAAGAGAGUGAAGUUGCAAGUUUGGGACACAUCAGGGCAAGGGCGUUUCUGCACCAUUCUCAGGUCAUACUCAAGAGGUGCCCAAGGUGUCCUCCUUGUAUUUGAUAUUACAAACAAAUGGUCUUUCGAUGGCUUGGAGCGAUGGAUGAGAGAGAUUGAAUCAAAUGCCCCAGGAGUACCCAAGCUGCUGGUGGGUAACCGGCUUCACUUGGCUUUCAAGCGUCAAGUGGGACAGAGGGAUGCCGAGGAGUAUGCCCGCAAGCACGGCAUGCCAUUCUUUGAAGUCAGCACCCUAUGUGAUUUCAACAUUUCUGAGAGCUUCUCACAGUUAGCCAGACUGGCACUGUCGAGAAACGGAAUGCAGCACCUCUGGAGGUCUCACACAGUGGUUGGCCUGCAAGAGCUGUGUUGUCGUGUGAUAACAUCACGGACAUCAGUGUAUGGCAUCGACCAUCUUCCAUUGCCACAUGCCAUCAAGUCACAAUCUCAAGUCAUAUGCAAUGACCUCAUACAAGAUCUGCUACCGCUCUGGAUACCUGCACUCUGACCGGCAACUAAGUCGGCGGCGAAGCAAGCGUAUCCUCCGUCUUCCAUCAUUUUCAUCUCCUGUGCCCUCUGCAGCAGCAGUGUCUGAACGCCCCCCAUCUUGUACCAAUAUGAAAACCUGUUCCAUUUCCUGAUUGGGACUUCCUAUGAUUGGUGAUGGAUGUUUAUCUCAUCCUCGCAGCUCUCCUUUCAUUUUCUUAUCCAUUUCCUUUUUGUUGACCUAUUUGUGUAAAGAGCAUGAGGAUGUAUACUGGAGUGUUCCUCCUUGGUCAUGAACUCUUUGAAGAAUAAAGAGAUCGAGAUUUUCAAUAAGA